AGAGAGACAGUGCGAAAGAUAGAAAAGGCCAAAAGGAGGUGAGAGGAAGCAAAGGCGAGAAGAGGAAACAAGAGGAGGCGGAGACGCACAGCUGAAGAAUGUACAGCUUGGGGUCAGGCUCGGAUGCAUCUAGCUGGCACAGGCUCUAGGAGGCUGAAAUGGCCACUCCUCAAGGGUGUUGGGGUUCCUCUCUUCAACUCCUCCUCUUCUUUCAUCUGUUACUCAAUGUAGUGCCUCUCUGCCGGGGACGUCCAUUCUUCGGCCCUCCUUCGGUCAACGUGGCUGUGGUUUUCAGUGGUUUGGCCCACCACAGUGAGAUCAAGGGCCGUCUGAGUCCAGAAAACUUCCUAGACAUGCCCCUGGAAGUGAACCCCAUCACCGUGUUGGUGAAUGACACUAACCCCAGGGCUUUACUCACACGUCUCUGUCAGACUAUGGCUGCAGAGAGCCUCCACGGAGUGGUGUUUGAAGAUGACGUGGACUCAGAAGCUGUGGCACAAAUCUUAGACUUUAUCUCCUCUCAGACGUCCAUCCCCAUCAUAGGCAUCAGUGGAGGUUCUGCAGUAGUCAUCCCACAUAAGGCUGAAGGUUCUACCUUUCUCCAGAUGGGAGCUUCUAUAGAGCAGCAGAUAAAUGCAAUGUUCAAAGUGAUGGAGGAGUACAACUGGGGUAAUUUUGUAGUGAUCACCAGCUUGUAUCCUGGCUACGAGAACUUCGUGGACUACAUCCACUCCUUCACGGACACCAGUUACUUCCUGUGGGAGCUGCAGGAUGUGCUGAGCUUCGAGAUGUCCGUGGGGGCCAAUGACAUCCGCACACGUAGACUACUACAGCAGGUGGACUCGCAGGUAUAUCUAGUGUACUGUUCCCAUGAGGAAGCACAGUACUUGUUCAGAAUGGCCUCUGAUGUAGGGCUGCUAGGGCCCGGAUACAUCUGGGCCAUCCCCAGUCUGACUGUGGGGAACCCUGAAGUGCCCCCUCCUGACAGUUUCCCAGUGGGCGUCAUCAGUAUUAUCACAGACAGCUGGAGGAAAACACUGCGCCAGAGGGUUCGGGAAGGAGUCGCAGUCAUAGUAAAAGCGGUGCACAGUUUCCACAAGUACAGAGGAUUCAUUCCCGAGGGUCACAGUGACUGCAAUAGUCCGGUCAAAUCGUACACCAACAAUUCUCUCUUCAGACAUAUGCUAAAUGUGUCAUGGGAGCAUAAGGACCUCUCCUUCAAUGUUGAUGGCUAUCUCACUAAUCCUUCCAUGGUGAUCGUUGCUUUGGAUCGAGAGAGACACUGGGACAAGGUAGGAAGCUACGAGGGAGGGAUUUUGCAGAUGCGAUACCCUGUAUGGCCCCGUUACGGCAGCUUCCUGGAGCCCGUGUCUGACAACCGCCACCUGACUGUGGCCACAUUGGAGGAGAGGCCUUUUGUCAUCGUGGAGAGUGUUGAUCCUGCCACGGGCACUUGUGUGCGCAAUACUGUGCCGUGUCGUCGGCAGUCCAACAGGACUGAAAGUGUAACAGGACACACUGAGCCUUACACCAAACUCUGCUGCAAAGGUUUCUGCAUAGACAUCCUAAAGAAGCUCUCACGCACCAUCAAGUUUUCAUACGACCUUUAUCUGGUCACCAAUGGGAAACAUGGCAAGAUGGUCCGUGGCGUCUGGAAUGGGAUGAUUGGAGAGGUCUUCUACAAGCGUGCAGAUAUGGCAAUUGGCUCUCUUACCAUCAAUGAGGAGCGAUCAGAGAUUGUUGACUUUUCAGUGCCGUUCGUGGAGACUGGGAUUAGUGUUAUGGUGGCCAGAAGCAAUGGAACAGUCUCACCUUCUGCCUUCCUGGAGCCUUACAGUCCAGCCGUGUGGGUUAUGAUGUUCGUAAUGUGCCUGACUGUUGUGGCAGUCACCGUGUUUGUGUUUGAGUACUUCAGCCCUGUUGGGUACAACCGGAGCCUUGUCUGUGCCAAAGCCCCUGGGGGUCCAACCUUCACCAUUGGGAAGUCUGUCUGGCUCCUGUGGGGAAUCGUCUUCAAUAACUCUGUUCCUAUUGAAAACCCCAAAGGCACGACCAGCAAAAUUAUGGUCCUGGUCUGGGCUUUUUUUGCUGUCAUCUUCCUCGCCAGCUACACAGCCAAUUUAGCUGCCUUCAUGAUCCAAGAGCAGUACAUUGACACUGUGUCUGGACUUAGUGACAAAAAGUUUCAAAAACCCCAGGAACAUUAUCCUCCUUUUCGCUUCGGGACCGUCCCAAACGGCAGCACAGAGAGGAACAUUCGGAGCAAUUACCCUGACAUGCACACCCACAUGAUAAAAUACAACCAGAAGGGAGUGGAGGAAGCUCUCAACAGCCUUAAGACAGGGAAGUUGGACGCCUUCAUAUAUGAUGCAGCAGUUCUUAAUUAUAUGGCUGGCAAGGACGAGGGCUGCAAGCUGGUCACCAUUGGUAGUGGGAAGGUGUUUGCUACCACAGGCUACGGCAUUGCUCUGCAGAAGGACUCCCGCUGGAAGCGCCCCAUAGACCUGGCCCUCCUCCAGUUCCUGGGAGAUGGGGACACACAGAGACUGGAGACAGUAUGGCUGUCUGGAAUAUGCCAGAAUGAGAAAAACGAGGUCAUGAGCUCCAAACUAGACAUAGACAACAUGGCAGGUGUUUUCUACAUGUUGCUCGUGGCUAUGGGUCUCAGCCUGCUGGUCUUUGCUUGGGAACAUUUACUUUACUGGAAACUGAGGCACUCUGUCCGCAAGUCUGAUCAUUUAGACUUCCUGCUGGCCAUUAGCAGGGGCAUAUACAGCUGCUUUAAUGGCGUUGAAGAUAUUGGCAGAUCUACCAGCAUACAGAAUCCAGAUAUCACGGCCAAUUACGCCCAGGCCAACAUGCUGAAAAUGCUGCAGACAGCCAAGGACAUUGUCUCCUCAGCCAAAGUGGAAAACUCAUUGGAUAAUGCUACCAAGACCAUUGAGAACUGGAGCAGACACAGCGGCAGCCUGCCAGCACGUAUCCCACUGGUGACCACGACUGAAAAAGUUCCUGGUCACUUCUCUUAUAUUACUAACCUCACAGAGAACCACAUACCUCACAUGCAGCGUUCCAUAACUCCACCUUUCACGCAACACACCAAAACCACUAGCCCACCACCAAUGGUAAACCACAGAGUCUUAACACGGCCCACUCCUCUUCGCUACACGCUUCCCGCCAGGACAAGGGGUCUUUAUGACGGUAUGCUUCCUGUGUCCAGUCUGAGCACACCUCAUCUAGCCAUGCAUGAUUCUCCAUCCGACCUAACCCGUCUUGGAUCUUCCUUUGUUCCAUAUAGAGACAUCUACACUGAACACCAUAAGCCUUGUCACAGCGAUUUCUCAGAUGCCGUCAGGCGAAAAAAGAGACCCCAGAAUCUCAUGGUGGAGUCCAUGGAUCUGAGGGGGCUUCACGAUUAUAAAGACCAAUCAACGUGUCAUAAUGAAGCAAACCGUUUUGCUGAAAACUACCUGUCCUCAUCCUUCAGCGAAAAUCCUUUCGUAGCAGCGGACACAGCUUGUAAUUCCUGUGUCAAAAUGUACUUUGACUCUGCUUUUGAUGGCAUACCUUUGAUAGGGAAAAGGAAGCUUCAUCGCAGACCUUCAUUCCUGAAAGCCACUUGGGGCCCCGACAGAGUCCGGUUCCCAGGUGACAGACCCACCGCCUCCCCACAAGUAACUAUACCUGACCUGUUCCCUUGCGUGGAUGUACACGGACAGGUGAGGAACACCCUGUGUUACGGCCAACCGAUGGAUCACAACUACCUUCACACCUUCCAGCGAAACUCCAGGAAAAGUCAGAAGUUCAGACACAGCCAGUCCACAAGGCUUCCCUCCUACAAGGAGGCGAUUUUCCACAAUGUGGCAGCUGUCAGAAGGGCGUCCAGUUUGGUACAUAGACCCUACUCCUACCCAGAGCUACCAGUCUACCAGAGCCCACUGUCAUAUGGACCUGCCGAAUUAUGCAACAUCUUCCCCUGCAUGGGACAUCCCAGUGACAGUGUAUAUGGAGGGUAUAGGGCACCCGCACACCUACACAAUGACCAUCUAGUGCCUGUUCCAGGCAGCAGGUUGGUUCAUAGCAGUCCUGUUGUGCCCAUGACAUGGGGCAGAAUUUCCAGUCUGGAAUCAAAGGUGUGA